AUGCAGCGUCCAUUCCUUUUUCUGCUUGUUUGCAGCCUGGUCGCCGCACUCCCCCUAAAUAUCCCAGUCUUUCUCGAUCAAGCUUUAUGGGCGAUUGAUUCCCAACAUCUCGAGCGUAUCCCGAGGUCAGCGGAACUAUUGUUUACCGCUAGCGAUGAUGACGAGAUAUCCCAUAUCUGGUUGCCCGUCGGCAAACGUCUACAUACGCGUACGUCUGAUCUUUCCAUGCUCCUAGAUCCAUUUUCAGAUGACCAUCCAGCUCUUCCGUUACGUCCUGCAUCAGCGAAGAUAGUCGAUGUAAUAGGUCACUCGAUCGGAGCAUCAGCCCGAAGCAAGCAACAACAAGCCACAUGUAUCAUCAGAACCAGGGCAGAUGGGUUGCAGAUUCCAGCGCAGCCGGAACUGGAAGUGGUGUUCGAGGAAGGAGAAGGCGUAGUGAGGCUGGACGAAGCAAGCUCUCCUCAUGAUCUGACAGGGAGAGAAGUCGAGAGUUAUGAAUGCUUUUGA